UCUCGUGAGUGCUCAUUCACAAGUAGUCGAUCUAAAUCUUCAAGCUAGGCAUAGAAGUCGAUCACCUAACUUGGGGGAGUUUCUAGUGUUGCUCAAAAAUGGCCAAUCUUUGGCCUCACUUGGCCUGUGUAUUGGCAUUAUUCUUAUUGGCCACCAAUGUAGCAGCCGAUGAGAAGCCUUACAUUUAUGCAUCUCCACCUCCGCCACCUUACAUUUAUGCAUCUCCACCUCCGCUGACUUACAUUUACAAGUCUCCUCCACCACCUCCUUACUAUUACAAUUCACCACCACCACCAAAAUUCCAUCACCAUCCAUACCACAAGAAGUCUCCCCCUCCACCACCAUAUUAUGACUAUAAGUCACCCCCACCCCCACCGCCAUCACCAUAUCCUCCUCCAUAUAUUUAUAAGUCUCCUCCACCACCAUCUCCAUCUCCACCUCCCCCAUACAUCUAUAAGUCACCGCCACCUCCAUCACCAUCACCUCCACCUCCUUAUAUCUACAAGUCCCCACCGCCACCAUCUCCCUCACCUCCCCCUCCUUACAUUUAUAAAUCACCACCUCCUCCAUCUCCGUCUCCACCUCCACCCUAUGUUUACAAGUCACCACCACCACCAUCUCCCUCACCUCCUCCUCCUUAUGUUUACAAAUCACCACCUCCUCCUUAUGUCUACAAGUCACCUCCUCCUCCAUCUCCAUCACCUCCCCCUCCCUAUGUUUAUAAAUCACCACCUCCACCAUCUCCAUCACCACCUCCUCCGUAUGUCUACAAUUCACCACCUCCACCAUCUCCAUCACCUCCUCCUCCAUAUGUUUACAAGUCACCGCCUCCCCCAUCUCCAUCUCCACCUCCUCCCUACAUCUAUAAAUCACCUCCUCCUCCAUCUCCAUCGCCUCCUCCUCCUUAUGUUUACAAUUCCCCACCUCCCCCAUCUCCAUCACCACCUCCUCCCUACAUCUACAAGUCACCACCUCCACCCUCACCAUCCCCUCCUCCACCUUAUGUUUACAAGUCACCACCUCCUCCCUACAUCUAUAAGUCACCUCCUCCUCCAUCUCCAUCGCCUCCUCCUCCUUAUGUUUACGAUUCCCCACCUCCCCCAUCUCCAUCGCCACCUCCUCCAUACAUCUACAAAUCCCCACCUCCCCCAUCUCCAUCACCUCCUCCUCCCUAUGUCUACAAGUCACCACCUCCUCCCUAUGUCUACAAGUCACCACCUCCACCAUCUCCAUCACCACCUCCUCCCUAUGUCUACAAAUCGCCACCUCCUCCUCCAUAUGUCUACAAGUCACCACCUCCACCAUCUCCACCUCCACCUCCUCCCUACAUCUAUAAGUCACCUCCUCCUCCAUCUCCAUCACCUCCUCCUCCUUAUGUUUACAAUUCCCCACCUCCCCCAUCUCCAUCGCCACCUCCUCCCUACAUCUACAAGUCACCACCUCCACCCUCACCAUCCCCUCCUCCUCCUUAUGUUUACAAAUCACCACCUCCUCCAUCUCCAUCUCCACCUCCUCCCUACAUCUAUAAGUCACCUCCUCCUCCAUCUCCAUCGCCUCCUCCUCCUUAUGUUUACAAUUCCCCACCUCCUCCCUACAUCUACAAGUCACCACCUCCACCCUCACCAUCCCCUCCUCCUCCUUAUGUUUACAAGUCACCACCUCCCCCAUCUCCAUCUCCACCUCCUCCCUACAUCUAUAAGUCACCUCCUCCUCCGUCUCCAUCGCCUCCUCCUCCUUAUGUUUACAAUUCCCCACCACCCCCUUCUCCAUCGCCACCUCCUCCAUACAUCUACAAGUCACCACCUCCACCCUCACCAUCCCCUCCUCCUCCUUAUGUUUACAAGUCACCACCUCCCCCAUCUCCAUCUCCACCUCCUCCCUACAUCUAUAAGUCACCUCCUCCUCCAUCUCCAUCGCCUCCUCCUCCUUAUGUUUACAAUUCCCCACCUCCCCCAUCUCCAUCACCUCCUCCUCCUUAUGUUUACAAGUCACCACCUCCUCCCUACAUCUAUAAUUCACCACCUCCUCCAUCUCCCUCGCCGCCUCCUCCUUAUGUUUACAAUUCACCACCACCCCCAUCUCCAUCGCCACCUCCUCCCUACAUCUACAAGUCACCUCCUCCUCCAUCUCCAUCGCCUCCUCCUCCUUACUACUAUAACUCCCCUCCUCCACCAUCCCCAUCACCACCCAUUCCCUACUACUACAACUCGCCGCCUCCUCCCAUCGCUUACUAGACCAAUCUAUAUUUCUCUCAGAUUACUUUGUGUGUUGAUGAAAAGAAUAAAUGAUGGUGAAAGAUCAGAUACUGCGAUCGGGGUUUGUUUAAUAUAUGGCAUCGUUCAAUGUCAAUCAAAAGAAUCCGCUGAGACAAAUGGGCAUGACAGACAGAAGGGAUCAUUACUGAUCAUACUUUGCAGCGCCUUUGCAAAAGAAGAUUUAUUUUCUCGAGUUGUUUUAUAAGUUUUUUAUUUCUUAAUUGGAACCUAUUUCUUCAUUCGUGGACGUACAUAUGCUAAAUGUGUCUUUUCUUUUCUAUAAUUAAUUGGACUAUUUCUGUCCAUUCCAUAUAUAUGUGGUUAAGUCA